UGGGGAGGACAAGAGGCGGCGCAGCUGUCAAUUGUGUUCGUUAUUCUCGUCAAAAUCUGUUGCAGACUCGACUAAAGUGUUUAGCAGCUCAGUGUACUUUGAGAGCUUAACCAAUGUACGGACCUAUGGGAGAUAAAUCUUGUUAUCCCCAUAACAACAUAUAUCACAGCGUAAAGUUGACUGCCUUGCACUUUGGUAACUGUUGGAUGGUAAGGUAGACUGAGUUGGCUUCUUUGAGCAGGAAGGUUAGGCUACCCUGGAAGACUACACCUAAAUACGUGUGUUGUUUUAAGGAUUUUUAUGCGAAGUUUCUUCUUCCCAAAGUUAAUCUAUCAUUGAGUGUGAGGUAGCAUCGCUGGAAGCAUACAGGACUGUUGCCAAUCUGUGAGGUUGGGACUUGUUGCGUGAAAAACACAUCCCCCGGGAAUAGUGUUUUCGGGUAAACCCUUUUUUAAACCAAUUUGCAUUCAAGUCGGUGCGUGUCAGUGGUGUUUUGAUUUCACAACAGGACAGAUUAUCGAGUGUCUGUGGUGGGUGUUCCCCAAUCCUCUGAUUCUAGUCCUGACAGCAUACAAGUCAGGUCGACUUUGUGGAGACUGGAGAGCGAACAUGAGACUGGAUGUGAUGGAUUUAGGCGUGAUUAAAGAAAUUGAAGUAAUUACCUAGGCCUACCCAACUGCCUGACCGGAGCGGCUCUAAUGGUCUAACGGAACAGCCCUCGCCAGAUGUGCGCUGGAGUCCAGUUCCGUAGUUCAUAUUUUUGGAAAGGCGCAGCAGACCCCUCCAUAGCCUACCCGUGCACUUAUAUGUAAAUAAAUGGCACCCAUAAUACGUCGAAUUUAGUGAUUUUCUAUAGCCUGUAACUGCUGAGAAGAUGUCGGACCAAGAGCGCUAUGGAGACGGACUGUGCGACGAUGGAGCUCCGGAGAUCAUACCGCCGAGAGCGUCCAGGACGGGAAGGCGGAGCGGAGUCAUCCUCCCUGGCCAGGACAACGAUACCAUCGUCCUGGAGGCAGUGAGGGCAGCCCCACGCAGGAGCAGCAUCAUCAAGGAUCCUUCAGUGCACAAGGUGGCCGGCGGGCGCAAGAAAACUGUGUCCUUCAGUAGCAUCCCCUCAGAGAAGAAGGUGAGCAGCGCUGCCGACUGCCUGGCCUUCAUGCAGGGGGGCUGUGAGCUGAAGAAGGUGCGUCCCAACUCCCGGGUCUACAGUCGUUUCUACACCCUGGACCAGGACCUCAGCUGCCUGCGCUGGGAGCCCUCUAAGAAGGACGGGGAGCGUGCCCGCCUGGACAUGGUCACUAUCAGGGAGGUUAGGACAGGGAAGAGCACUGAGACCUUCCUGCAUAACGGACCUGCCGCAGAACACCUGGCUGAGGAGGCAGCAGAUUUUCAAAAUAUCUUUUCUAUCAUCCAUGGGGAUGACUACCAGUCUCUGGACCUGGUGGCUCUCUCCCCUGACGUGGCCAACAUCUGGGUAACGGGGCUGCGUUACCUGGUGUCCCACCCCUCUGUCAUCGGGCAUGGAGGGGGGGCAGGUGGGGGAGGAGGUCUGGGAGAGGGGAGCAUCAUAGGGGAGGGUAGCCUCGGCAGUAAGAUGAGGAGGGAUUGGCUGGCCGCAGAGUUUGCCGAGGUGGAUGAAGAUGGAUACGGGGUCGUCUCAGAGAAUACGGCCGUGGCAACCAUCUGCAAGCUGUAUCCUGGGAUCAAGGAAGCUAAGGUGCGCCUGAGGUUCAAGGAGAUCCAGAGGAGCAAGGAGAAGCUGACGUCUCACGUGACGCGCGAGGAGUUCCAGGAGGCCUUCUGUGAGCUAUGCACUCGGCCAGACGUCUACUUCCUGUUGGUCCAACUCUCCAAGGACCGCGAGUGUCUGGACGCCCAGGACCUCCGUCUCUUCCUGGAGACGGAGCAAGGCCUGUCUCUGGCCACGGCCGAGGGCUGUCUGGAACUGGUCCGACGCUUCGAGCCCUCCGGUCCUGGGAAAGAGAGAGGUCUACUGGCUCUGGAUGGAUUCUCCCGCUACCUGCAGUCCCCAGAGUGCCAGCUGUUUGACAUGGAACACCAGGCAGUGUGUCAGGAUAUGAGCCUGCCCCUGUCCCACUACUACAUCAGUACUUCCUAUCGGUCCUAUCUCCUGGAUGACCAGGUCCAUGGGAGGGCUGAUCUAGGGGGCCUGACCAGGGCUCUCCAGGCCGGGUGUCGGUGCCUAGAGCUGGGGGUGACAGACGGCCCAGAGGGGGAGCCGCUCCUGGGGGUGGACUAUGGUCCUGAUGACCACCACCACCACCACCACCAUCAUCACCACCAUCACCACACCCCUGUCACCAUCCGCAGUGCCCUGGAGGUGGUCAAUAAGUACGCCUUCCUGACCUCGCCCUAUCCGCUUCUGCUCUACCUGUGCCAGCGCUGUUCUCCCUCCCAGCAGCGUACCUUGGCCCAGCACCUGAGGAAAGUGUUCUCUACACGUCUCUACACCCCUGAGGCCCUGCCGGUCAGCCUGGGGGGGCGAGCCACCACCCUACCCUCCCCAGAGCAGCUGAAGGGCCGAGUGCUGCUAGUGGGGAAGAAGCUACCGCCCGAAGAGGAGGGGUCUGAGGGAGAGGUGUCAGAGGAGGACGAGGAGAUAGGGGGAGGCGGGCCCUUGGCUGGUCGGAAAAUGACCAUACCCGGGGAAGAGGAACUGGGCGCGGUUUUAGUGGUGCCCCCGCCCCCUCAGCCCAGGAGGCUCCGCCUUCGACAUGAGCUAUCAGAUCUUGUGGGCGUGGCUAGAACUGGAAGCCGCAGCUUCUACAACCACCGAGAAACAAGGAAACAAGGACAGCAGCACUCCCCGCCCAGCACCCCCUCCACCCCGGGCACGCCCUUUCCCCCUGAGUCGCCCUAUUGGACACUGUGCUCCCUGGGAGAGGGCGAAGCGGGACGGCUGGCCAGUGAGAGCCCAGAGGAAUUAGUAAGCUUCACCAAGCGCACCCUAAGCCGUGUUCGGCCAAGCUCCGUCCGCCUGGACUCCUCCAACCCCAACCCCCAGGGCUACUGGAAGGGCGGGGUCCAGCUAGUGGCCCUCAACCAGCAGACCCCCGGGGCCAUGCUGGACCUCCACAGAGGCCGGUUCACCCAGAACGGGGGCUGUGGCUUCGUGCUGCGGCCAGGGGUCAUGAGAGAUGAGGUGUCCUACUUCAGUGCUGUGACCCAGGGCUGUGUGCCUGGCGUUCCCCCUCAGACCCUCAGGGUGAAGGUGAUCAGCGCUCACAGCCUGCCCAAGCCGCAGGGCGCCGGGGCUAAAGGAGAGGUUAUAGAUCCCUACGUGGUUCUGGAGCUGCAUGGGGUACCGGCGGACUGCGCUGAGCAACGGACCAGGACUGCAGCACAGAACCAGGAUGACCCACUGUUUGAUGAGACUUUUGAGUUUCAGGUGAACAUGCCGGAGUUGGCGCUCCUCCGCUUCGUGGUAUUGGACGAUGACUACAUCGGAGACGACUUCAUUGGCCAGUACAGCGUGGCCUUCGAGUGCCUUCAGCCGGGCUACCGCAACGUGCCCCUGCUGGGUCUGGUGGGAGACCCCUUGCCCCACGCCAGCCUAUUCGUCCAUGUGGCCGUGACCAAUCGGCGAGGGGGGGGCAAGGCCCAGAGGAGGGGUCUGUCUGUGCGGAGAGGGGUGCGGCGGGGGCGAGAGUACGUGACCCUACGGAACACGGGUAUUAAAGCUCUGGAUGAUACGUUCCGUCCCGCUAGCGCCCCUCUCAAGGAGGCCACGGACUUGCGGGAGGAUGCACAGAGGGCCAGUAUGACUUUCAAGGAGCAUUGUGGGCUCCCCCCAGUGGCCAAGCUGAAGCAGUGCAUCCAGACCCUGGCCACGCGGCUUCAGACCCCAGAGGGCCCUCCCGGGGCCAGCAUGACCCUGAAGGACGGCUACCCCCACUUGGAGGCCUUGGGCAGCAUCACUGACACCACGCGCAAACUACUGAGCCACUAUGAUAUGAUGAUCUCAGCCCAGAAGCAGCUGAUUGAGAAGGCAGACGCUGUGCAGGAGAGGAUUGCACAGGUUCAGAGAGAGGGAAUGGAGCUUCAUGAGGAGCUGCCCAGGCUGGGAGAAAAGGAGGGACUGAAGGGGCGCAAGCAUAAUAAAGCCCUGGAGAGUUUCACCUGGAACAUCACUGUCCUCAAGGGUCAGUGUGAUCUCCUGCAUGGUGCCAAGGCAGACUCUCUGGAUGCUCUGAGACAGUUGGCCCUGGCCUGUGAAGCCUGUGGCUUGACCUCUACCACCUCCUGCGGCCCCUCUGAACUCCUCUACACCCCUCACGGCAGGAGGGGCAGCACCCAUGGCAAUGGACGAAUCUGACACACCCAACCUACCAGAGAGAGGGAUGGAGCGGAAGAAAUGGUGACACCCCCCCAAACUACGGGGAGGGAGGGGGUGGGGACAGAGAGAGAGGAAUGGUAUAGAACAGAGGCCAGAGCCUAUCCCUUUAUCCAGAAUAAAGUAGCAAGACUACUGAAGAAUCGUUGCAGUAAUUUGACACCCUCACUUUGUGUUCAUCAGUCCUGAGGCUUUUUAACAAAACAUGAAUGUUCUUACGUUAUGUAAAAAACACUUGUGCUUAUUUAACAAUGUGAACUUGAACUUAAUAUAACUUUCUCAGUUUCUUUCGGAUGGAAAACACAAACUAAAUGAAAACAUUUUCUCAAUGUUUUUUGUUUCUCCCUAAAAGGGAAUUGUGAUUGUGAACACAAAACAUUGUUCUGCUGUGAGAAGGUUUUGCUGUGAGGAAGAGUGGUGGUGACUUUUAUGUUAAAGUUAUUUUCUCUAUGGACCCUGUACGCUGAACCUAAUGUUUGGAUUUUGCUCAACUCACCAUUUCUGAGCACAGUGGUUUCAAGAACCUGUUUAAGUUCUCCUUCCUAACAUUUGAAGCCCAGAGAGUCUAUGGAGGAGUCAACUACAUUUUCCAGGAAAUCACAACCACAACAACAAGCGCCUGUUAUACUCUGUUAGCCGGGAUUGUCUGCCCGCCUGAAGACUCUCCAGGUAGCCUAGUGGUCAGAGCGUUGGGCCAGUAACUGAAAGGUUGCUGUAUCGAAUCCCACAGCUGACAAGGUAAAAAUCUGUCCUUCUGCCCCUGAGCAAGGCAGUUAAGCCUCUGGGCACCGAAGACGUGGAUGUCGAUUAAGGUAGACCCCCGCACCUCUCUAAUUGAGGGGUUGCGUUAAAUGCGGAGGACACAUUUCAGUUGAAGGCAUUCAGUUGUACAACUGACUAGGUAUCCCCCUUCCCCACAUGCAUCCACCUAAUUUACCCCUCGGAGGAACUGAUGUAACACUGUUGAUGAGAGCCCUUCUCGUAGUGGAUACAACGGGGGGCUUUCAUUCAGGGAUGGAGUGAAGGGUGACCUCCAUGUCCAAGACGACAUGCUGAGGGACAAUUGAUUGAUUAAUUGGUUGUGUUAAAAAGGCUUGGUUGAUUGAUAGAUGUGUAUUUCUCUACUAGAGGACAUUAUUGGCGUGGCUGUGUUACUAUGAGGGACGUAUGGGGGCCCCUUUCUCUAUGAGUUGACUGAAAGUAUGUGCUGGGUUUGUCCCAGCUUAAAAAACUCACUCAGCUAAACACUGGUGUACUCUGACAAAGAACUACAAAAAUGGCGCCACUAGGUGCUACUACUAACCUCGGUGUGUUUUUAUGCUUUCCCACUUCUGAUGGAGCGUGGGACAUUAAAUGGGGUCUGCUGUGGUUCAGAGGUUAACAUUCCGUUCUAGCCUGGCGUAGGAGGGGAUGUAUCGUCCCUACAGUGAUGGAUAAUAGAAUGCUGCAUAAGAAAGGCUAUUAGCUAAAUCAAACUCAUGCCCUUACCAUGGAACAGGUGCUAGUUCUAAAGCCUCGGCCUCUGCGUUAACCCUUUAUGUGCAUUUAUGAACAAAACGACAGAUGAGUCGUUCCACCAAAAUAGAGCCUCUUGCAUUUUAUGUAGAAAUUGUGCACCAAUAUUGAAUCUGAAAAGUCUGUUAUAUUAAAUGAAGUGCCCUUUAAUAUAGACCACAUGGAGAAUUCAAUAUCUUUAUAAGGAAUAACGUGCCAAAGUGCCAAAAUGUGUGUUUUGGUGUUUUGUUCAGUGUUCAGUGUUUUGACAUGUCCCUUCGUGCACCCUCAGUUACUGCUAGGAAGAUUUGAACUCACUUAAACCCAACAUUUUUCACAAGUUUUCAACAUCAUUGUAAAGUCCUAGUUGUUUUGUUGCUUUGACAAAGUUGAUUCUGAAGAUUAUUAUUGAUUUCAUGUGAUUCAUUUACGUCCGUCCCUCAUUUUAAGGUCAACCCUGUUACCUGAACUGAACUCGGGUUUUCAAAAUGGUGAAACUAUUCCUUUAAAAAAAUAAACAUUGAACAUCUAAUAGUCAAAUCAUAGUGUGAAAGCAGGUGAGCUGGUUCUACUCUUUUUGGCCAUUUUCUCGUGUUUUGUGGUGGAAAACUGAGCGGGUCGAGGAUUUCCCGUCCACCCUUGUACCCACAGACAGCCCUGACUAGAAAUGAUUUAACAAUUUAAAGCUUGCCUUCACAUGCCCCUCACAACAAUCUUCCAUUCCCCCAUAAUAGGUACUUACUAUAGUAAUGUUUUUAUUUAAAAUCUCUUGAGAUGGAACGACCCAGAUACAGAAUGCAAAAAUUCCUGUCUUGCCUAAUCUGCUCGACUUUUUGCUGUGUUGAGACGCUACAAAUCUUAAAUAAAGCCUCUGAUUGAACAACACUUUGGUCCAACGCCAUAGUUCUUUACUCUACUAUACUAUAGUAACUCUCUGUAAACCUUAAAGACCAUUUAGCAAGUUACAUUUGGUUACAUUUUUCUAAUAAAAAUAGAAUAACCCCCCCAUGGUGUGAUUUAUGCCGCGUUCAAAACAACGGGUGCGUUCAAGUCUACUGGGAACUCAGGGGGAAAAACAGCUCCGACAAGGAUUUUUUUUUUUUUAUGGUCAUCCAACUCGAAAUUUCAUAUUGGACACACUGGCAUCUUUCUAGAGUGCCGACUUUCCGACCUGAAGAUCACUAAUGUCAUGAUUUGACCUCGUUUGACCUCGAGUUCCCGGUUGCCUUGAUAGCCCCAUUAUACCGUCCCUUAUGUGUGUGUGGGCUACGGUUGCAUCCAAACGGGUACUGUAUUCCCUACGUAGUGCAUUACAACCUAUAUCUGUCUGUGUCUGCUAUCUCCUCUGACCGAGCAUUCAAACACAUGUUUGUUUCGUCCCGUCACCGUACACUCUUGUCACAGUAUGUUGUCUUUGUAAAAACAAAUAUAGAAGAGGAUUUAUUGAAGGGGAUGACGAGUGUUUUAAAACUAAUAAAUAUUAUAUUAAAUGCCCCUAGCUUUAAUUUUGAAAAGCUAGUUUUUUUCUCCUAUCUGAUUACCAAUGUCACAGUUGUACCCUGACUAAAUAAAACAAUAUUUUACUGAC